AUGCAUUUUCCUACUAUGGUUCGGGGGGCUGCGGUCCUGGCUGCGCUGUCUGGUACAGCUGCGGGAUUUGUCACGUCGCCGUUCAAGCGCGAUUUGAAGCUUUCCGCUCAGCUGGGGAUUCAUCCGGAUACCCUGCUCCGUCACAAGACUUCGGUGCAGGCUGUUGCCAGUUCCCAGAUUGAUGCAAUCGUUAAGGCAGAAUAUGUUUCGCUCCCGAUUGAUCACAUCAACUCUUCGGUUGGUCAGUACCAGAACCGCUAUUGGGUAUCUGAACAGCAUUACAAGAAGGGAGGACCGGUCUUCGUGUAUGAUGUUGGUGAGGCCACUGCCGAAUCCUCGGCUCAAUCCUUUCUGAGCAAUUCGACCACGUUCUUUUAUCAGUUGGUCGAAGAUUUCGGUGGGAUUGGUAUCGUUUGGGAGCACCGAUACUAUGGGGAUUCUCUUCCCUACAACGUGAGCCACAGCACGGAGCCUGAGCAUCUCCAGUACCUCAACAACAAACAGGCUCUGGCAGACAUUCCAUACUUUGCCGCCAACUUCACUCGCGGAAAUUACAGCGAUGUGGACCUGACUCCAGCCGCAACACCAUGGGUCAUGGUCGGAGGCUCAUACUCUGGCAUGCGAGCUGCGUUCACUCGUCAUUUGUACCCCGAUACAAUUUACGCUUCAUACGCUUCCUCCGCCCCUGUGGAAGCACGGAUCGACAUGAGCGUCUACUUCGACCAGGUUUACGAUGGCCUGGUUGCAUAUGGACACUUGAACUGCACCAGGGACAUCAAGGCUGCACUGGAGUACAUCGACCAGGAACUCUCGAAGAGCAAAUGGUCCGCCGCAGCCAUCAAGCGGGAAUUCUUCGGCGAAGGCGCCGAGAAAAACAGCAACGGCGAUUUCACCGCCGCGCUCGUGAUCAUUUUCAACUAUUUCCAAUCUUAUGGCAUGGGCGGUGGUCUAGGUGGUCUAGAGUCAUUCUGCGAGCACAUGGAGACCGACCCGAAGACUAGCGCGCCCGCGCCCCCCAAGGAUUCGCCCCCAGCCGGGCUGGUCAAUAUGAAUUUGGAGACAAAUUGCAAGAAGCUUGAAGACAGCGAGCCACUCUCGUGCAAUCUAGGGGCGCUAUCCACCGACCCGGACAGCAUCAGCUGGACGUGGCAGUACUGCACCGAAUGGGGAUUCUUCCAGACAAACAACUUCGGACGUCACUCGCUGCUGUCAAAAUACCAGACCCUUGAUUAUGCGCAGGAAUACUGCAACCGAUCCUUCCCGAAGGCGAUCGAGAAGGGUCUGUUCCCCAAACACCCACAAGUGGACGCGACCAACGCGGAGACCGGCGGAUGGACUAUUCGUCCGUCCAACGUUUACUGGAGCGGCGGCCAGUUUGAUCCGUGGCGUACUUUGUCUCCCCUGGCGGAAGGCACUCGGUUAGCCCCGCAGGGUGUGGCCCUCACAACCGAGAUCCCCGAGUGCAAUGUGGAGACUGGGGAAAAUACGAUCUUCGGCUACAUCAUGCAGAAGGCAGAGCACUGCUUUGAUUUCCGUACCACUUUUGUACCUGGGGCGAUUUCUCGAGGAUACUUCCACACAGCUUUGACAGAGUGGCUCGGAUGUUUCAAAGCCAAGACUCUUGCUCUAGUUGGUGCGCUGUCUGCGGCCUUUUUGGUCGUGCGCUACUUCGCACAGCUACAUCACCACCGUAAACAAUCCAAAGCCCUACUCUGCAAGCCUCCCCGUUCGGGAUCCUCCCUUUUCUUCGGUAUUCCAGGUUUUAUUCGGUUGAGUAAGGCUGUCCGCGAAAAGCGUUGGAUCGAUCAUCUCUACAACGAAUAUGCUGUCCAUGGAAAUACCUACCAACAGACAUUCCUAUCUCGAAAUAUAUUGACCACUAUCGAGCCUGAAAAUGUCAAGGCAAUUCUCGCAACCCAAUUCAAAGAUUUUUCUCUUGGAACAAGACACCAGCAGUUUUACCCACUCCUAGGCGAUGGCAUCUUCACCCUUGAUGGUGCGGGGUGGUCGCAUGCGCGCGGAUUAUUGCGCCCGCAGUUCACCAGAGAUCAGGUCGCCGAUCUCUCCAUGCUUGAUGACCACAUCUCCAACUUAAUCGACCUUAUCCCCAAGGACAGGAGCAGUUUCGAUAUCCAGCGUUUGUUUUUCCUCCUGACCCUGGACUCGGCAACGCACUUCUUAUUCGGCGAAUCGGUCGGGUGCAUGCUUCCCCCUUCGGGGAAGACAGGCGUGCUGGAGAAAUGCGCCGUCGGUAGCGCACAGGGUUUCGCCAACGCCUUCGGAACCGCUCAGGAUUAUCUCGCUGCACGGAGUCGCGCCCAGGGAAUGUACUGGGUUGUCAAUCCCAAGGAAUUCCGCGAGGCAAGCCGGCAGGUGCACGAAGUCGUCGAUCAUUAUGUCAACCUCGCUCUGGAGUCGAAACGUAACCCAGAAAAGAAGAACGCCGACGGUCGGUAUAUCUUCCUCGAAGCACUGGCGGCCGACACCGAUGACCCUAAGAUCCUACGCGAUAACAUGCUCAAUAUUCUAUUGGCUGGUCGCGAUACCACGGCUAGUCUGCUGAGCUCGACGUUCUUCUACCUUUCCCGGCACCUUAAUGUGUGGAACCGACUGCGUCGUGAGAUCGUGGAUAUUUUCGGAGAUGCCAAGAAUCCGCGGUCGGAAAUGACUCAGACCAAGCUGAAGGAUAUUCCUUAUCUGCGAUAUGUGUUGAAUGAAGUCCUUCGUCUCCAGCCUCCCGUGCCUGUCAACUUCCGCGUCUCAACAAAAGACACCUCCCUACCGGUCGGCGGUGGCGCAGACUAUCAAUCCCCCGUCUAUAUCAAGAAGGGCACGAUGGUUGCAUAUAGCGUCUACGCUAUGCACCGCCGGACGGACCUAUGGGGCAAAGACGCGACUUCUUUCCGACCCGAGCGCUGGGAAGAAAAUGCUAAGCAUGGCUGGGAAUACCUUCCUUUUAAUGGUGGGCCGCGUAUCUGUCUUGGUCAACAAUAUGCCCUCACUGAGGCAAGCUACACCGUUGUUCGUCUGAUGCAGCACUUCGAUACCCUCGAAAACGCGGACCCCCACCCUCGACAGGAGCCUAUUAAGCUAUCUAAUCUAACAAUGUCGCAUGAUCUUGGCGUGCCUAUUCGUUUGUACUCUUCGGGUAAGAUUUAG